GAUCAAAAGAAACGACCCACGGCAACUGUUCUUUGUAACGUAAUUGGUUAUUGGCUUUAUGAAAUGAGUCAGGAUGAUGAUAGCGAAAUUAAGAACCAAUUCUUGGAAGCAGAGAAAAUUAAACUUAAUAUUAAAUCAUCAAAGCAUCCGAAUGACAUGUAUGUCAGCAAAUCCAUCAAUACAAAAGAGAUAACCAGCCGGAUUAACAAAAUUGCCUGA